AUGGUGAUAGUAGAGCCGUUGGAAUUAAUUCAAGUAUUUAGAAAUUUUGAAGAUGCUGCAUCUCCAUGGGAGCAGACUGGACCUGGACGUGACGAUCGCUCAGAAUCAUUCAAAGUUGAAAGUUUACUUGCAAAACCGGCAGCUGAAACUGAAAGAAACAACGUCUUAAUUGUUAAAGCUCUUGUUGAUAUUGAUAAAUAA